AGUCACCCAGACAUUUCUAGCCGUCUCCUGGCGUCUUUAACUCUGUAAGAACACUUCAAGAACGCUUCAAGGAGCAUGUCGGAGUCGGGAAGGGGCCAGCGGGGUGCUCGACGAGUCCAGACGGGGCAAGGGGACGAUGUUCCCCGCCCGCUCCAGCACAACGGCACGGUGUCAGCCGAAGAGCAUCUCCCAGUGCCCUUUCUAAAGAAAAAGAGCCGAGAAUGGACACAAGAAACGGUUGUGUACGACGACGGGACCAUAACUUUCUUCUGGCGAGCCCACACACUGACAGUUCUAGCUGCGCUGAUCUGUGUCCUUGUUUACGUCACUCUGCUGGAGGAAACACCAAACAACAGCGAGUACAACGCCAAAAGAGGCCUUGCGUUUGUGGUGAUCGUUUUUCUGGCCUUUGCUGUAACCUACACUCCAGAUGGACCAUUCAAGAGGCCACAUCCAAGUAUCUGGAGACUGGUGCUGUGCCUCAGUGUGGUGUACGAACUCGGCCUUAUCUUUGUACUGUUUCAGACGGUGGACGAUGCGAGGCAGUUGAUGAAGUACCUGGAUGAGUCGCUAGGAGAGCCGCUUCCCGAACAGUCGUACGGCGGGAACUGUUUACUCUGGGACCCCGACCAUCCACAGGGCCCCCUGCACAACUUCUGGGAUAAAUGUGACAUCUUUGUGCCUGCACAUUUUAUGGGAUGGUACGCUAAAGCCCUGAUCCUGAGGAAUGUUUGGAUAACCAACGUGAUCAGUGUCAUGUUUGAGUUCCUGGAAUACACACUGGAGCACCAGCUACCAAACUUCAACGAGUGCUGGUGGGACCAUUGGAUCAUGGAUGUGUUGAUCUGUAACGGGCUGGGGAUCUGGUGUGGCAUGAAGACGGUGGAGUAUCUCAAGAUGAAGCCAUACCACUGGCGUGGUUUGUGGCACAUCCCGACCUACCGAGGAAAGAUGAGGCGAAUGGUGGCACAGUUCACCCCCUACAACUGGACAUCCUUCGACUGGAAACCCACCCUCAGUCUCAAACGAUGGCUGGCUGUCUUAGGCAUCAUCGCUAUGUGGUUGAUAGCAGAGUUGAACACGUUCUACCUCAAGUCCAUCCUGUGGAUCCCUCCUCCCAACUGGAUCAACUGGGCGCGGCUGGCCAUGUAUGUCCCUGCAUCAGCUGUAGCCUUCAGGGAGACAUUCCAGUUCCUCGACGACCCGACAUGUAAGAAGUUUGGUCAGCAGGCCUGGAUCCUGGCUGCGAUCGUGAUCACGGAGCUGCUGAUCGUGAUGAAGUUUGAUCUGAACCUGCUGCUGCUGCCCUUCCCAGAGCACAUCUGGCAGUGCUGGGUCGCUGCGUUUGUGGGUAUAGCCUCAUGGACUGUCUGGAGGUUUUUCAUCAGGUAA